AUGUCUAUUCACGUUGUAAGACGAGCAGCCGUAGGGCGCCAACUACUGGCUAGACCCGUGUCCUUGUCAUCACGUUCAAUCUCCUCAUCCUCUUAUCUCCUUAGACCUCAUCCCACCACUCCAGCACACUCCUCUACAACGGCUGUCCAACCCCAUCCUCAUCCUCCAUCGACUUCAUUCCACCCAUCCAAAUCAUCAAUCUUCACUCCCCUAGACACCUUCCUUCCGCGUCAUCUCGGUCCCCGUCAAUCCGAUGUUGAGUCGAUGCUCUCUACCCUUGGGUAUAAGUCCAUGGACGCAUUCAUAGAUGAUACAAUUCCCAAGGGGAUCAGAGUCGACGCUCUUACCGAUAAGGAAGGCGAUAAGACUGGUAUCAGACCUUUCAGCGAACUGGAAUUGGCAAGAAGAGUAGAGGAAGUUGCUAGUCUGAAUAAGCCCAUGAAGAGUUAUAUCGGUAUGGGAUAUCACAAUGCUAUUGUUCCUCCUGUCAUCCAACGAAAUGUCCUUGAAAACCCAGCAUGGUACACUGCCUACACACCCUAUUCUCCUGAACAAUCCCAAGGCCGUCUCGAAUCACUUAUCAACUUCCAAACCGUCACUAUUUCCCUUACCGGUCUUCCCAUCGCCAACGCCUCCUUGUUGGACGAAGCUACCGCCGCAGGAGAAGCGAUGGCUAUGUGCUUGGCAUCAGUACCUAAAAACAAAUUAUCAAAGGGCAAAAAAGUGUUCCUCGUAUCUCCAUCGGUCGCUCCUCAGACUAUCGCCGUCUUGCAGACCAGAGCAAGUGGAUUUGGAAUCGACUUGAAAGUUGCUAAAUCCAACGAGACCUUUGUACAAGAAGUCGAAGCAUUGGGUGAAGAGAAACUCAUGGGUGCUUUGGUACAAUACCCUGACGUUAAUGGAAAUAUCGGAGAUUGGCAGGAAGUAGCUUCAAAAGUGAAAAGUACAGGUGCAAAGAUGGUAGUCGCUUCUGAUUUGUUGGCUUUGACUAUGCUUCAACCCCCUGGAGAAUGGGGUGCGGAUAUCGUCUGUGGUAACUCUCAAAGAUUUGGUGUACCCGUCGGUUACGGUGGACCUCACGCCGCGUUCUUUGCUUGUACCGAUGACUUGAAGAGGAAGAUGCCAGGAAGAUUAGUUGGUCUGAGUAAAGAUUCCAGAGGUGGUCCUGCAUACCGAUUGGCCUUACAGACUCGAGAACAGCAUAUCCGAAGGGAGAAAGCUACCUCCAAUGUCUGCACUGCCCAAGCACUUCUUGCCAAUAUGACUGCCAUGUAUGCUGUCUACCACGGACCAGAAGGUCUCAGGAAGAUCGCUGGAAAGGUCCACUCCCUCACUCGAAUCCUUUCUGAAUCCCUCGCUUCUCUCGGUUUCACCACCGUCAACAAGACCUACUUCGACACCCUCACUAUCGGCGUUUCUUCUGCUGGGGUUACCGCUGCUCAAGUCCACGAGGAGUCGAUCAAAGCCUCAAUCAACUUCCGCCCUAUCGACGACAAGACUAUCGGUAUCACUCUAGACGAAAGUGUUGGUCCCCUCGAUCUCACUGACAUCGUCAACGUCUUCUACCGAGUUAAGGGACAAAAGGAUAUCGAACCUGAACACCUCGAACAAUUAGCUUCCAAAUUAGAGUUAUCGUCUGAAUCCGUCACCUCCCCAAUCGCUCAACAUGCCCGAACAUCAGAGUUCCUCACUCAACCAGUAUUCAACAAACACCACUCCGAAACUCACAUGCUCAGAUAUAUGAUGCACUUGCAGGAGAAAGAUUACUCGUUGGUACAUGGUAUGAUCCCACUGGGAUCUUGUACAAUGAAGUUGAACUCUACUUCUUCGAUGGCGCCUUUAUCAUGGAAAGAAUUCGGUGGUAUCCACCCAUUCGCUCCCGUAGACCAAGUCAAGGGAUACGAGGUGUUGAUCAAGGAAUUGGAAGACGAUUUAUCGUUGGUCACUGGAUACGAUGCUACCUCCGUGCAACCCAACUCAGGCGCAUCAGGUGAAUAUGCCGGUCUUAAAGUAAUUCAAGCAUACCACCAAUCCAAAGGUGAAGGUCACAGAGACGUUUGUCUUAUCCCCCUUUCAGCUCACGGUACCAAUCCCGCUUCGGCCGCGAUGGUAGGAUAUAAAGUUGUACCUAUCAAAGCUUUGAACGACGGUUCGCUCGAUUUGGCCGAUCUCAAAGAGAAAGCCGAGAAACAUAGAGAUAACCUCGCCUCGUUUAUGGUUACUUACCCAUCUACUUUCGGUGUAUUCGAAGAAGGUAUUGAAGAAGCUUGUCAGAUCGUACAUGAUAAUGGUGGUCAAGUCUAUGUCGAUGGUGCCAAUUGUAACUCCCUUGUCGGUCUGACUUCCCUUGGUCGAGUAGGUGGUGAUGUCAGUCAUACCAAUCUACACAAGACCUUUUCAAUCCCCCACGGUGGAGGUGGACCAGGUGUCGGCCCAAUCUCAUGUAAAUCGCAUCUCGCUCCUUUCCUCCCUACCCAUCCCUUGGUUGCUACAGGGGGUUCGCAAGCCAUCCCAGCUGUAUCAGCAGCACCAUACGGUUCCGCAUCCAUCAAUACCAUCUCUUGGGCAUACAUCAAGAUGCUGGGUGGAGAAGGUUUGACGGAAGUUUCCAAGAUCGCUUUAUUGAAUGCAAACUACAUCGCCGAACGUCUCAGACCAUACUAUAAUGUUAGGUUCUCCAACAAGAACGGUAGAGUCGCACAUGAAUGUUUGGUCGAUUUGGGUGAAUUUGAAAAAUCAGCUGGAUUGAAAGUAUCCGAUUUCUCCAAGAGAUUACAAGAUUAUUCUUUCCAUCCUCCCACUGCUCAAUGGCCAAUUUCAACUUGCUGGUUGAUCGAACCUACCGAAAGUGAAUCUAAAGCUGAACUUGAUCGAUUCAUCGAUGCGUUGAUCUCAAUCCGAAAAGAGGUAGACGAAAUUGUUUCAGGUGAACAAUCAAAGGAGAACAACGUGUUCAAGAACGCUCCUCACCCAUUGAGUAUACUGGUAGAUGAUAAAUGGGAUAAACCAUAUUCGAGAGAAAAAGCUGUUUUCCCCGUACCUUCCUUGAAGAAGAACAAGUUCUGGCCAUCGGUGGGAAGAGUUGAUGAUGCCGCUGGUGACCUCAACUUGAUCUGUGAAUGUGGUUCAGUCGAAGAAUACGCAUAA